GUCCGGGAGUGCUACACUGACAACAUGAAUUUGCCACGUUUCCUCAGAAGAAAACGUUUAAGUUGGAAAAUAUUAGCAAUAAUCGCCUUAAUAUCGACGGCAAUAUAUGUGUAUAUGAACUACUUUAAUUCAAAAGAAUUACGCAAUCCAAACGUUUACACAAAAGAACGGCGGAAACGCUUCGAAGACUACCAGGUUUCAGAAUCAAGUAGGAAGGGUCCUGGAGAAAAUGGAGAACCCGUCAUUUUAGAACGAGAAGAAAAAGCAUUAGCAGCUUCAUUAUUUAAGAAGGAGGCAUUUAAUAUCAUUGCCAGUGAUAAAAUAUCAUUACAGAGAUCCGUGAAAGACGUACGAGACUCGAAAUGUAAAGAUAUACAGUAUCCUAAAAAAUUACCAUCCGCAAGUGUGGUCAUUAUAUUCCAUAAUGAGGCAUGGUCACCUCUUCUUCGGACAGCGCACAGUGUGGUCAAUCGGUCACCCCCAGAGUACCUUCAUGAGGUCAUCCUAUUGGAUGACUUUAGUGACCGGCCGGAGCUUGGAGAAAAGUUAAACAAGUACGUAGACGAGACAUGGCCAGAUGGCGUGGUUCGAAUCGUCCGAACCAUGGAGAGGAGUGGUCUCAUCAGAGCAAGGCUGGCCGGAGCCGUAGCGGCCAAAGGCGAUGUAUUAAUUUUCCUCGAUUCUCACUGCGAGGCAUCUGCAGGCUGGAUAGAGCCGCUGCUGGGCAGAAUCCAGGCUAACCCCCAGGCCAUUUUGUGUCCUAUAGUGGACGCUGUUGAUGCUGAUACCCUUGAGUACUCUGGUAACGGGGGUUACCAGGUAGGGGGGUUCUCUUGGAGCAUGCACUUCACCUGGCGGAAUGUUCCGGAGCGGGAUACAGUCUCACGGAAAUAUACAGAUCCCGUGGGAUCCCCAACCAUGGCGGGUGGACUGUUCGCAGUCGACCGAGAAUUUUUCUUCAAGAUUGGAGCUUAUGAUAAUGGCAUGGAGGUAUGGGGAGGAGAGAAUCUGGAAAUAUCCUUCAGGGUGUGGAUGUGUGGAGGCAAAUUAGAGUUCAUCCCUUGUUCUAGAGUUGGCCAUAUCUUCCGCGCCAGUCAUCCCUACACUUUUCCAGGAAACAAGGACACUCAUGGUUUAAAUUCAAUGAGACUGGCGGAGGUUUGGAUGGAUGAGUACAAACGUCUAUUCUACAGUCAUCGCCGAGAUCUCCUGGGACAGGAUUAUGGAGAUAUAUCUGAAAGAAAAGCCCUCCGUGAAAAACUCAAGUGUAAAAACUUCAAAUGGUACCUGGAUAACGUGUACCCAGAAAAGUUCAUACCCGACGAAAAUGUACAUGCCUGGGGCAUGGUAAGAAACCCGAGCAGUAACCUGUGCCUUGAUACCCUGGGCAAGGAUGAGAAGAUGACGUUUGAUGUUGGAUUAUUCAGCUGUCAGAACGGUGCCAGUGCUAGUGAGGUAUUUUCCCUGAGUAUGGAGAACGAGCUUCGGCGAGAAGAGGGAUGCAUGGCGUACAACGGAAAAAGUGGUGGACACCCUCAUCUGGUCAAUUGUAACGGGGCGGCCAACCAGAAGUGGAAACACGACAAGAAUACUGGCACCAUCAUCCAUACAGAGAGUGGCUUGUGUCUGGACCGGGAAAAGGUCGAGUCUGGGGGUUACAGCAUGGUGAUCACCUGUGUAGCCAACAAGGACUCCCAGAAGUGGGCCUUCGAACACUAUCUGGAUGUGUAACACGGAAUCUAGUCCGGUCUCCUCACAUCUAUACAGCAAGCUGCGGACAAUUCUGCCAGCAGUACAGCUUGUCACAAAAUGUUGAAGCCUGCAACAUCACUACAGCAAGUCACAAAAUGUUUUAGGUCUGCAACAGGCUGAAAAAACAGCACAGUACUGAGGACAGAAAUCUGCAGACAACCUUGAAACUGCUAGAGUAAUUGACCAAAUUGUUAAAGGUUGUAAGUUUACAUUGAUUACUUUUCAGUGAUAUCUGCUUUCAUCACACUUACACAUUAUAUCUUCAUAUUUGAUAUUUUUUCCACAAAAUUUCCGAAAAAAAUAUAUGAGUCUUUCA